GCCGGCAUCUGGCUCCAAGGGGGAGGGUAGCCGGUCGCUGGAGGCCGGCAGUGGUGGCGGAAGAGGUUGUGCGGCUGAUGGCGGCUCAGGCUCGGAAACCUCUCUAAGGCUCCCGCUCUGUCCGGGAGCCCCUUACUGAUUCACAAUGACAUCCUUUCAAGAAGUCCCACAGACUUCCAACUUUGCCCAUGUCAUCUUUCAAAAUGUGGCCAAGAGUUAUCUUCCUAAUAUACACCUGGAGUGUCAUUAUACCUUAACUCCAUAUAUCCAUCCACAUCCAAAAGAUUGGGUUGGAAUAUUCAAGGUUGGAUGGAGUACUGCUCGUGAUUAUUAUACAUUUUUAUGGUCCCCUAUGCCUGAAAAUUAUGUAGAAGGAUCAACAGUCAAUUGUGUAUUAGCAUUUCAAGGGUAUUACCUUCCAAAUGAUGAUGGAGAGUUUUAUCAAUUUUGUUACGUUACCUAUAAGGGUGAAAUUCGAGGAGCAAGUACACCUUUCCAGUUUCGAGCUGCUUCUCCAGUUGAAGAGUUGCUUACUAUGGAAGACGAAGGAAAUUCUGACAUGUUGGUGGUGACCACAAAAGCUGGUCUUCUUGAGUUGAAAAUUGAGAAAACUAUGAAAGAAAAAGAAGAACUGUUAAAGUUAAUUGCCGUUCUGGAAAAAGAAACAACACAACUUCGAGAACAAGUUGAAAGACUGGAAAGAGAACUUAACCAUGAAAAAGAAAGAUGUGACCAACUGCAAGCAGAGCAGAAGGGUCUUACUGAAGAAUCAGAAAGUUUAAAAAUGGAAAACGAAGACUUUAAGAGGAGAUACAAUUAUGCUACAUCCAAAGCUCUCAGGCUUGAGGGAGAUAUUGUGUUAGUGACAAAUAAAGCAGUUGAAAAAGAAACUGAAUUGGACAGUUUAAAGGACAAACUCAGGAAGGCACAGUGUGAAAGAGAACAACUUGAACAUCAAUUAAAGACAGAAAAGGAUGAGAAGGAACUUUAUAAGGUACAUUUGAAGAAUAGAGAAAUAGAAAAUACCAAGCUUGUGUCAGAGGUCCAGACUUUAAAGAAUAUAGAUGGAAACAAAGAAAACAUGAUUACUCAUUUCAAAGAAGAGAUUGGCAGGCUGCAAUUCUGUUUGGCUGAAAAGGAUAGUCUGCAAAGGGCUUUCCUACUUACAACUUCAAGUAAGGAAGAUACAUUUAUUUUGAAGGAGCAACUUCGUAAAGCAGAGGAACAGAUUCAGGCAACUCGGCAAGAAGUUGUCUUUCUGACUAAAGAACUUAGUGAUGCUGUAAACAUGCGAGAUAAAACGAUGGCAGAUCUACAUACAGCACGCUUGGAAAACGAGAAAGUCAAAAAGCAGUUAGAUGAUGCAGUGGCAGAACUUAAACUAAAUGCUGCGAAAAAAGACCAGGAAAAGACUGAUACACUGGAACAUGAACUGAGAAGAGAAGUUGAAGAUCUGAAACUUCGUCUUCAGAUGGCAGCAGAUCAUUAUAAAGAAAAAUUCAAGGAAUGCCAGAGGCUCCAGAAACAAAUAAACAAACUUUCAGACCAGUCAGCCAAUAAUAAUAGUGUCUUCUCAAAGAAAAUUGGGAAUCAGCAGAAAGUGAAUGAUACCUCAAACACAGACCCAGCCACUGCUGCCUCUACUAUAGUUGUAAAGCCACCACCUUCUGCAGCUGAGACAGAUUUUGACAUUGUAACAAAGGGGCAAGUCUGUGAAAUGACCAAAGAAAUUGCUGACAAAACAGAAAAAUAUAAUAAAUGUAAACAACUCUUGCAGGAUGAGAAAACGAAAUGCAAUAAAUAUGCUGAUGAACUUGCAAAAAUGGAACUGAAAUGGAAAGAACAAGUAGAAAUUGCUGAAAAUGUAAAACUAGAACUAGCUGAAGUAGAAGACAAUUACAAACUUCAGUUGGCAGAGAAAGACAAAGAAAUACAUGGUCUAACUUCACAUUUGGAAAACCUCUCCAGGGAGAAGGAACUUAAAAGGGGUUCAGAAAGUCAAGCAGAAGGGAAAAUGGAAGGUCAGAAUUCCCAGAGUCCUCAGCAGAUGUCACAGUGUCUCAACACAUGCUUGGAGCAAAAUGGUCAUGUUCCUGCAGUACCAGAUACACAGCCAGUUCUGCAAUAUGGUAAUCCUUAUGCAACACAGGAGACAAGAGAUGGAGCAGAUGGUGCUUUUUACCCAGAUGAAAUCCAAAGGCCCCCUGUGAGAGUACCCUCUUGGGGACUAGAAGAUAAUGUUGUCUGCAGCCAGCCUGCUCGAAACCUUAGUCGACCUGAUGGUUUAGAAGACCCCGAGGAUAGUAAAGAAGAUGAGAACGUGCCCACUGCUCCUGAUCCUCCAAGCAAGCAUUUACACGGGCAUGGAACAGGCUUUUGCUUUGAUUCCAGCUUUGAUGUUCACAAGAAGUGUCCCCUCUGUGAAUUGAUGUUCCCUCCCAACUAUGACCAGAGCAAGUUUGAAGAGCACGUUGAAAGCCACUGGAAGGUGUGCCCCAUGUGCAGCGAGCAGUUCCCUCCCGACUAUCUCCAGCAUGAAUUUGAGAGUCACGUGCAGACCCACUUUGAUCAGAAUGUUUUAAAUUUUGACUAGUUACUUUUUAUUGUGAGUUAAUUAUACAGGCAGUUUCAAACAAAUCCUCUCCAGUAGACCACUGAGGAGACCACCGAUAAUCACGCUGACGCUCCCUCCACCGACCGCACUUUUCUGACCAAGAGCUACUUUGAUUUUGGUGUUACUAGGUUCAGGGUCAGUCUUUGGCUUAUCAAUAACUAUAACGUUAACCUCUUUAAAUCUUACCUGCUUAAGAAGUUCUUGUGUGUUUGUAUCUUCCCCAGUUUGCAAAAUUAUAUGACUAAAGGAAACAGGGAUUAUUUUAAUGUUACUGCACUGAAAAAAUAUGUAUUGUGUGUUAUGUAGCAGAAUAUUUACAAGUUUCUGUUGACCUUGUUGAUUGAGCAUGACUACUAAAUAUUAUGUAAUAAAAAGAAUUUAUCAUAAGUCUUGCAAAGUAAUUCAUUGAAUACAGAAACUUGCAUAAUUUAGCCCAUGAAAUGUUUUUUUUAACCCUCUUUAGAAAUGGAGCUGUAUGUAGAAUGAGAUGUUUGCAGUAUAGUAAAUAUCAUUUUCAAAUUUGAAAUGUUUGCAUUAGGAAUUAAUGGAAGACAUAUUUUGCUAAUUUUAUGACUAAUUUUUUUAGAAUAACCUGAAUGAUUAUAUUUAAGCCAUCUUAAAGUUGUAUUUCUAUCUAAUGGGAAAAUGGAACAAGAUAGGUGAGUGCAAUUCUUUCAUAUUAAAUGAUCUCCUAAACUGGUGUUUGUGGUACAAAAUCACAGAAAAUGUAUCCGUAUCUUUUUCACAUUUUUCCUGAUGAGUAUGACUUUGAAAUAACAUUUUCAGUAAGUGAUUAAAAAUGUAAUGUCAGCUCAAAUCAAAGUAAUGUCUUUGUCUCUGCUGUGUAUAGUAUUCUCAUUAACAUUAAAAAGGACACAGUUUGGAGGUAAUUUCAUUGUCAAAUUUAUUUGUGAUGGUUUUUCAUUAAGUAGCAUCAUGAACAUGUUUUCAUCUGUCUUUUUAAAAGUUUCUGAACUGUAUUCUUUUCUUUUAUAAUAUGAAUGUUAAGUUACUUGAUUCUACUGCUUUUGUAGUUAUGAAAAUAUUUAAGCCUGUCCUAAGCAAACUAGCUAUUUAAGAUGUUAAACUAAUAUUCAGUGUGGUGGCAUUUUGGGAUGCUACGUAUGAACUACAUUAUACAUCAUGUGCUUGUAUUUGUUUAUAGGAGCAGGAUCUGUAUAUUGUUGGAAUCCUUUGAGAGAAGGUUUUUGAGUCUAGGGAAAACAGUAUUAGGCAGUCAGAUGCCAGCGGUUAGGACAUAGCAGACCUGGGGGCAAGUCAUACCAGAUAGGUUACAUGACAAGCAGAAUAUAUUCAGGUAAAAUAUAGUCUGCGACAGGAGCAUUUUUGAUGCAUUAAUAAUUAUGGACGAUGCUAACUUAAAACCUUACAAUAUUAUAGUGCUGCUAUUGUUCCUCAUUAGUCUAAACCUUGAGUCGUUUUUGGCCCUAAGCUAUAAUUACUUUCCUUUAAUCUUCAAUUUAUUUUGGUGUUUUUUAGUUAUCUUUUUUGUAAUGAUUUCAAAAUAGGUUUAAUUCCACUGUGGUCUGAGAAAAUGCUUUGUAUGAUCUAUAUUCUUAGGAAUUAAAGUGUUUCGUGGCUCA